AUGUCCUACACCUUACAAUCAUGCGAUCAGGCCACUUCUCUUUGGCUCGUCAAUGAUUUGCCUUCAGAGAUCCUUUCACACCUCAAACUCAGUGGCUGCCCUGACACUGCUAUCGAUUCUUCCUUCAAGCUAGGGAAAGCAGCCCAGACAUCUAUCGGCCUAUCAGGCCUAGCAGCUGCAUAUGUCCUUUCUCUGAGGACCGGAAGUAUGCAAGACGUCAGUGUCGACGCACGUCACGCUAUUCUAGACAUCUCUAGUGAAUCUUGGUACACCGUGGAUGGCCAGGUGCCUAUUACGUCUGCGCGGGAUUAUCUGGCAGGAAUAUACAGAACCAAGGACAGUUUUGUUCGUCUGCAUACCAACUUCCCGCAUCACCGACAGGGCAUCCUCAAUAUUUUGCAGUGUGAACCCACUCGUGAAGCCGUUCAAGCCGCGCUAUUGCAAUGGAAUGCGAAAGACUUCGAAGAUGAAGCAGUAAAGCAGAAAAUGUGUGUUAGUGCCUAUAGGUCAUUCGAGGAGUGGGACAAGCAUCCCCAAGCAGCUGCAUUAAGAGGAACGCCUCCAAUCCAGCUUAUCAAGAUCGGAGAAGCUCCUAAACGGGACAUCAAGGAGUCUCCGCAGUUCCCUCUCGAGGGAAUUAGAGUGUUAGACCUGUGCCGGGUACUUUCAGGACCGGUGUGCGGCCGAACGCUUGCAGCGUAUGGCGCUGACGUGCUCCUCGUCACCUCCCCAAAGCUUCCUGAUUUGCCCGCGUUUGAUGUCGAUACAUCUCGUGGCAAGCGCACAACGCAGCUCGAUCUCACCCAAGCCCCACAAAAUGACUGCCUGAAAGAAUUAAUCAAGGAUGCUGAUGUAUUCCUGCAAGCAUACCGACCAGGUGGCCUUCAGGAAAAAGGGUUUGGACCCCAGGAACUUGCCAAGAUUCGGCCUGGUAUUGUAUGCGCCAAUCUGACAGCGUACGGUUGGGAGGGUCCCUGGAAACACAAGCGUGGCUUCGACUCGCUCGUACAGACUGCUACGGGCUUUAAUUGGGCAGAGGCUGAAGCUUUUGCUAAAUUCAAUGGGCUGCCCGUCGUGGAUAAGCCAGAACCUCGUGCACUCCCUGUGCAAGCCUUGGAUCAUGUUGCAGGGUACUUCCUCGCUUUUGGAAUUCAAGCUGCAAUCGCAAAAACGAUCACUGAGGGCGGCUCCUGGGAAGUCCGUGUCUCUUUAGCAGCAGUUGCGCAAUGGCUCCGAUCACUUGGGCAACUUUCGCCAGAUACCGCGUUCGGAGAUGGGAAACCUCUACCAAAGCGAUUGAACCCACCAAACCUAGAGGUAGUAGCACUAUCUGUCACACUCCACGAGGCGACAGGUGACAAAAGGGACGUUGAAGGGCCUCUCAGGACGAUGACAGCUAUUCGCCAUGCAGCACAGCUAUCCGUUACGCCUGUCAAAGAUGUGGAAGCUCCAAUGGGCUUGAAUCGGCAUCAACCUGUGUGGCUGCCGUAUGUGUGA